CAAUUGCAGUGCACACAGCUGUUCAUGUCAUCAUCAGUAAAUUAGAAAAUGUCAAAACUCAAAAAGUGGAAGUCAAAAAACAAGUUUCUAAUGAUGAACUUCAGAUAGAAAAUUAAUUAAAUAUGAGUUGUGGUUAGUGUGUAACAGUGUGUAAGCUUUGUCUUAAUCUGUAAUUAUGUGAUGCUGCAACAUGCCUAAAAUUAUCGAGUUGACCGUCGAACUUGAAGUACAAAAGGUCUCCUGUCCAGGAGUGUGGCUCUGCCAAGAUGGCCGCGUUUCGCUCACAGUGUUCGCCCUGGGGACAAGCUACCAGACCUGCAUGUUGCCUCCAGUCUUUCCACUCAUGUUCAAAGAUGUGUUCUACUUUAGAAAACGGUUCCAGGAAUCCUGUACGCUCAAUAAUAUUUGCUGUAUUCUAAAAGACGAAACAAUAUACUGUGAGCUAGUACAAUGGAGUAACGACUGUCGCUCUGGCGAGUGCACAAUCCUGGCGCAGUAUCUGGGCGCCAUUAAUGACGUCCUGUUCCCGCCAAAUAUGUGCUCAAAUGAUGGAGUCGACCUUCUCAUGAGGAGAUCUAAAGAGUUUCCUGGAAUCCUUUCACCGAAGAUAGAAAUAGCCACCAAAGUGCGAAUCGACGAGGUUUGGGACCAGCCAUGCAAUAUGAAGACCGUCAAAGUGACGUCAUGCCACUGCACAGAUUCAGAUGGCUCCCGCCAGAGACAAGUCUGCCAUUCGGCGCAGUAUCACAGAAACAAAUGUAACAAGGCAAGACAAGGCGACGGGAACAAAAGGCCUCCGUCCGUAGCGCGGUCUCGCUCGCGCUCCCGAUCAGGCGGCUCACGGUCUUGUUGCAGCCUUCAAGAGCCGGAGACCAAUGUCGUCUGCGAGUGUCGCACGAAUGGGGACAAGCGGGCCACGAAGUCCCCGUCUCGGUCCCGCUUGGGAGCCACGCGUUCCCACGACCUCUAUCGGGAGUCGGAGACGGACGUCGAAUGCAAGUGCCAUCCCCGCCCGACCAAGUCCCGCCUGUCCCUGUUCCGAAGCUUCCUGCCCCGACGGCGCCAAUACAACGUCUACAAUGUGGAGACGCGCUUAGGAGCCGACUGGCCUAGCAACGAUACGGGACGCGUCGAAGAAGACCGAUACACCAGAUCAAGUACGGACUCCGAGCAUGCCCGAAAGCAAAUGUUCCCAGACGAAGACAGAAUACAGAAGAUGAUUCUAGAAAGCAGAUACAUCGAGCACGCCCCGAUCUUCGAGCCGAAGCCGAAGGAACGCGAGAAACACAAGCACUUCAGGUCAAAAGUCACCCCGUGCGUCUGCGAGAUAUGCAGGAGGUAUCACGAAUUGUUCCACACAGGUAACGUCAAAAGUUGAUUGUUGUGACCAAUAGAUGGCGCUUUAUAGGUAAAGUAGCGGCAAAAUGCGAAAUUUUCACGCCCCAGAGAAUGUAAUUUUUGUAAUCAAAUCUUCCAGGGUCUUUAUUUUAAAUUUGAUAACCCACCUCUUUUAAAUUAACAUGUAAGAAUUUUCAAGAUGUGAAAUAUACAAGGGAACAAUAACUAUGACUUAAAAAUAUACAUACAUGACAUGUGUUUU